CCAGCAAGAUUAAAGAGACACCAACCACAAAAAAUUAUGGCGCUCGUUGAACAGCACGUGUCGGGAUUUUCUCCGGACGGAAAACUCUUUGCCUUGGUUAAUCAUCUUGGAAUCCUCAAGAUAUGGGACACAGAAACAAACGAGUUAAUGCAGGAGUUCACCCCGAACUUGCAUUUAAGUAGCAAAUGUAGUGCAAUUACUUGGGUCGAAAUAUCUGCCCAGAAAAAGCAUAAAAAGGAACGUAAAUUUUUGGAUGCUGGUUCUUCACUCUAUAUCGCAUUGGCUACAGGCACAGGAGGUGUGUCUCUUUAUUCCUAUGCCCUGGGAAAGAUUCAAAGUGAUCUAAAAGGUGAAGGUCACUUGGGUAAAAUCACUUCGAUAUUCUACGAUGCAGAUGAAACUUUGUACACCUGCGGUGAGGACUGCCAGGUGAUUUCUUGGAAUCUACCAAAGGAGAAACAAAUAAACUCCUUUUCCAUUGGAAAUGAAAAACCCCAAAGCAUAGCAUAUCUUCCAAAUUCUAAAAACAUCGUAGUUGGAGCCAGACAGAUAAAAGUCUUCUCAUUGGAGACCUGCGAACUGGCCCAAACUUUCACAGGACACACCUCAGAAGUAACGAUUUUGAGUACGUUUGCUAUAGACGAUACCGAAUAUGUCAUUUCUGCUUCGAAAAUGGAACGGAUCAUAUGUCUGUGGAAGAUUGGCAAGAAGGGGAAAAAUAAGUCGUCCUCGUGCACUCUACUCAUGGAAGACAUAGCUCAGUCGUUAACCUGUCAGUUAGAUGAUGAGGGCAGUAUAAAACUAGCCAGUGUUACUAGAAGUGGAGUUAUUCACGUGUACUUGAUUCCAUUGGAUAGCAUUAAAGCAGAAAAACCAAUUAAACCAAAAGUCACAAUCGAGAUCGCUUCAGAUAGCACUUCUGCCAUUCAACCGAUUCCUGCUGUAGCUGCUUCCCUGGAACAUGCUAUGAAAGGUCAAAUCCUUUUUUGCUAUGGCAAUACGAAUUUUAUGACAUUCGAACAGAUUUUCCCUAACUAUAGCGAGAAGCUACAAGUACUUGUGCGAGCUGAUCCAAAAUCCCGUUUUAUGAAGAAAAAGAAGACGGACUCAACCCAAAUCGGCUCUUCCUUGAAAACUCUCACUCCUUAUGUUGAUUCAAAAGUUGAAUAUACUUUGGGAUCGGUGGUUUCGAGGAAAAAACUAAAAGCUGCCGAAAUGCCUUUUGAAUCGAGGUUACAAAAUUUGAAUCUGAACGUUGGGGAGAAGCCAGAAGCACAGAGUAAUGUACAACUGCUAAUGCAAGCAUUGCAUAGCAAAAAUCGUGGAAUGCUGAUGUCAGUUUUAACUAGAACCGAUCCAAAAGUUAUUUUGAAAACAUUGCAAAAACUACCUGUGCAAUAUGUUGGAAGUCUCGUAAACGAGUUAACCCUUUUGAUGCAGAAGAAGCGAGUGAAUGUUGAAAUAUCAGCUAAAUGGUUAAAGGUUCUUGCAAAAACGCAUUCAAGUCAAUUGAUGGCUUUAGGCUCUGAAGACUUAUUGGAGAAAUUUGGACCAUGUAUUGGUAUCAUAGAGCAUAGAGCGAGUUGCUUGAUGGAAAUUUCUAAGCUAAACGGACGAUUACAAUUACUUGUUAGCCAAAUUCAACGCAACAAAGAGGAAGACAACUUAGAUAAUGAGAAUGCAUUAAUAUAUGCCGACACAGAUUCAUCAAACUCGGAUAUUGAAGACGGAAUGGAAACAAAAAGUGUAUCUGACGAUGAAUGGGAAGAAGAUGAGGAUUCAGCUGAAGAAAUGGAAACGGAAAGUUAGACAAAAAAUAAAUGGAAACGGAAAGUUAGACAAAAAAUUUCCUCCACUAUAAAUUUUAUAUUGAUUUUUUUGUUUCAAUAAAAAAAUACAUUAAAAUACAGAAA